GCUCGCGAUUUGCCCUGCCUACCCGCCCGCCAGCGCCAAAUACCCGUGGGGCCCUUCAAAGUCUCAGACACCCUGCCACCACCUCACCUCGGACCGCCCGAGUUCUAGCUGAACGUCUUUAUCACCAUGUUCAUGCUCAGGAACGUUAGCAAGUUCCUCUUCGGCGACGCAUCAAAGGAAUCCAUUAUCGAGAUCCCCCAGGGCCAGCUCUACCUCGUCCGACCUCUCUCCGUCAAGGGCUACUCCGAGCUCAUCUUCAAGGACGCGGCAGCCUCGAUCCGCCGCACUGGCCAGGAGUUCCAAUACCAGCUCGUGAUACAGCGCGCAUACGAGGAAGGCGAGGAAGAGCUUCUCGCGGAGGAAGACGGCGACGACGCUGCUGUUGAGGGUCUCGGCGGGGAAAAGGACGAGAAGACCUUCCUGCUCGACCCAAGCCUCCAGUUCCGGACCGACAUCCGCCAAACGGGGGAGAAGGUCUUUGCGUGGCGCGACUUGAGCGGCGACUACGGUGAUCUGUGGGAGUUUGUGUGCGACUCCGCUGUCCAGCCAGAGACUGCGGCACUGUUCGAGCGCGUGGCUCUCCAGUGCCAGUACGAGAGGAAGUUCCGUCGGAGCCACGAGCGCGCCAGUGAACAGGAUCUAGAGGACCUUUCCUACGACGAAGAGCCAAUUCCAGAAGCUAGCCCGCUUGCCAGCCCGGUGUCUAGAUCUCCAGUCCUCCCGCCUACUCCUGACGCUACGGCCUUGUUCCCGAAUACCACCAAGGAGAAGAUGUCUAAGAAGGUCGUCGGCAAGGGCAAAGAGCCCGUGCAGGAAGAGGGACCGACAGUCGCACCUCCAUCUGCAGCUCUGCCUGAAAGCCGCGAGGUGUUGGCUGACGACGUUGCGGAGCUACACCUCUUCGACUUUCCCUCUGGAACUUUCAUAAAGCAGGACCCCGAAGUCCAUGCGAGAGUCUUGGAAGUGGGCAAUUGGGAAUAUUGGCUUCAGAUCACUGGCAAGGACCGAGAAUGGCUCGGACAGCCUAUCAUUCCUGAGAUCAACCCCGUUUUCAACUUCGAAUACCAGUCCUUCAUCUUCAAUCACUACUUGGAGGAUGGCUCCGCUUACUCUUGGCUCUUGAAGUUUCCGACUGAAAAAGGCUUGGAAAACUUCCAGUCUGGGACCAUGCAGGCGCUGUGGGAGCAUCUCAAUCAGAUCAAGUGGGCGAAAGCCAAGGAGACUGAUCAGCAGUACGUGCUUGAUGCCUUCAACGAUCUCACGAUGGAAGACGCUCCAGAUGAAGAAGAGGAAGAGGAGGAGGACUAUGAAGGUGCAGAUGAUGGGAAGCGCAGCGAGCAUUACGACAGUGAUGAGUCCGAAGACGAUGUUGUCACCCGCGAUGAGGAUGGCAAUGUCAACUCUCAGCUCGCUGUGGGCUACAAGCAUGAUCGGUCCUUCGUUGUCCGAGGAUCCAAGAUCGGGGUCUUCAAGCAUACUCCGGACAAUCAUCUGGAGUUCUCGACCAACAUCUCUAAAGUUCAGACGCCUAAGGGCAAGCUGUUUAGUCCGAACAAGGUCAUGCUGCAUGCUGAGGAUACAAAUAUGAUUCUGCAGAACACGGAUGAUCCCAACUCGCUCUACCGUAUGGACUUAGAGUACGGAAAGGUGGUGGACGAAUGGAAAGUUCACGACGACAUCACUGUCAGGACCUUCGCUCCAGAGAAGAAAUUCGCCCAAAUGACCGGCGAGCAGACCUUCCUCGGCCUCUCAGGCAACGCCCUCUACCGCAUCGACCCCCGCCUCGCCGGCAACAAGCUCGUCAACACCGACCUCAAGACAUACGUCAGCAAGAACGACUUCUCCGCCGCCGCCACGACCGAAAAGGGCCACAUCGCCGUCGCCUCCAACAAAGGCGACAUCCGCCUCUUCGACCGCCUGGGCAUCAACGCCAAAACCCUCAUCCCCGCGCUCGGCGACCCCAUCAUCGGCAUGGACGUGUCCGCCGACGGGCGCUGGGUGCUCGCCACGACGCGCACCUACCUCCUGCUCAUCGACGCCCUCCAAAAGGACGGCAAGAACGCCGGCAAGCUCGGCUUCGAGAAAGCCUUCGCGAAGGACGACAAGCCGCAACCCCGCCGCCUCGGCCUGACGCCCAGCCACGUCGCGCAGUUCCAGCACGAGACGAAGCAGCCCAUCGCCUUCACGACGGCGCACUUCAACACGGGCCUCGCCGAUAAGGAAACCACCAUCAUCACGGCGACCGGCCCGUUUAUUGUCACGUGGAGCCUGAAGAAGGUGCUCGCGAACCGCAAGGAUCCGUACAGCAUUAAGCGGUAUAGCGAGGAGGUCAAGGCGGAUAAUUUCAAGUUUGGCAGUGAUAAGAAUCUGAUUGUGGCGCUGCCGAAUGAGGUGAAUAUGGUGGCGAAGCGCGCGCUGCAGCGGCCGACGCGGGAGAGUAUUGCGAGUCCGGCAAGGGUGGGCACGCCGCGGAGGAGUGGGGCGAGGGGGAGUUAUUUGGGGCGGAAUGAGAUUGUUAAUAGUCCGUUUUAGGUUGGGCUGGGGGGUGGCUGGUUAGUCGCCGAGCAUGGUUGGGGAGGUAGGUUAUGGCGAGGAUGAUGAUGGACGACUCCGGAUGGCUGUGGAGAAAAGGCUCUCUCUUCUCACCGGCGUUGGACAUGGACGGGUGAUGAAGGAGGCGAUUUUGAUGCUGUGUAACUUGCCCUUUUUUCUUUUUUGCUUAAUUGAUUCCCCCCUAGUCUUUUUCUUGUUCACGAAAGAUGGAUGAUCGGUGGAGGCAGAAGGGCUGCGGAUAGGUAGAGCCGUUAAUACAAGGUCUGAGGAAAAUGAUCUGGUGCUGUGGUACGUGAGGUCGACGCAAAGUGGAUAAUUCUUUCUUGUUUUGUCUGGUUUGACGAAGAUUAACGGUGAAGGUAGAAGAUGUGAUACGGGUAGAGCCACGAACACGAGACGUGAGCGAAACAGAGAUAGGCCAUCGAACUAUUGUGUUGUGAGGGCUGCGUAUGG